AUGACUGUUCAAACUUUCGAAGCUCCAACUGUUAAAGUUGCCUCAGACAAAGCCGUUUGGUCUCAAGAUGUCUUGAAAACAAAAUACACUUAUGAGAAUUCCAUUGUUGAAAAGACUCAAGAUGGUAAAUUUAAUGUCAACCCAAUUUCAAUUGAUUACGAAUUUAAAGUUGAUCUUAUCAAACCCAAAACUGGUUUAUUAUUAGUUGGUCUUGGUGGUAACAAUGGUUCAACCUUAGUUUCCGCCAUUUUAGCAAACAAACAUAAUAUUUCUUUUGAAACUAAAGAGGGUGUUGUCAAACCAAACUAUUACGGUUCUGUCACUCAAUCUUCAACUAUUAAAAUCGGUGUUGAUCAAACUGGUAACGACAUCUAUGCUCCUUUCACUUCAUUAUUACCAAUGGUUAGUCCAAACGAUUUGGUUGUCUCUGGUUGGGAUAUUAACAAGGCUAACUUGAAGGAUGCUGCUAAGAGAUCGAAAGUUCUAGAUGUCACUUUACAACAAAAAUUAGCUCCUUAUUUAGAAAACAUCGUUCCUUUACCUUCGGUUUACUAUCCCGAUUUCAUUGCCUUGAAUCAAGUCGAAAGAGCUGACAACAUCAUCAACAAAGACUCUAAUGGCAAGGCUUUAUUAAACAGCAAAUGGAAUGACGUCGAAACUAUUAGAAAAAAUAUUAAAGACUUUAAACAAGAAAAUGAUUUAGAUAAAGUCAUCGUUUUAUGGACUGCAAACACAGAACGUUAUGCUGAAAUCAUUGAAGGUGUUAAUGAUACCGCUGAAAAUUUAAUCAACUCAAUCAAAUCAAAUCAUCAUGAAGUCUCUCCCUCAACUGUUUUUGCUGUUGCUUGUAUUCUUGACAAAGUUCCUUACAUCAACGGUUCUCCCCAAAAUACUUUUGUUCCUGGUUGUAUUGAAUUAGCUGAGCAAUACAACUCUUUUAUCGGUGGUGAUGACUUUAAAUCUGGUCAAACCAAAUUAAAAUCUGUUUUAGCUCAGUUUUUAGUUGACGCCGGUAUUAGACCAAUCUCUGUUGCUUCUUAUAACCAUUUAGGUAACAACGAUGGUUACAACUUGUCUUCACCAAUGCAAUUUAGAUCAAAGGAAAUCUCAAAGCAAUCCGUCAUUGACGAUAUUAUCGAAAGUAAUGAGAUUCUUUACAAUGACAAAGUCGGUAAAACUGUUGAUCAUUGUAUCGUCAUCAAAUAUAUUCCAGCUGUUGGUGACUCAAAGGUUGCAAUGGACGAGUAUUAUUCCGAAUUAAUGUUAGGUGGACACAAUAAAAUUGCUGUUCAUAAUGUUUGUGAAGAUUCUUUAUUGGCUACCCCAUUAAUUAUUGAUUUGGUUGUUGUCACUGAAUUAUUAUCCAGAAUUUCUUACAAGAGAUCUGAUUCUAAAUCAGGUAACUACGAAGAAUUGUAUUCAGUUUUAUCCUUUUUAAGUUACUGGCUAAAAGCUCCAUUGACCAGACCAGGCUUCAGACCAAUCAACGGUUUAAACAAACAAAGAACUGCUAUUGAAAACUUAAUUAGAUUAUUAGUUGGUUUACCAGCAAAUAAUGAAUUAAGAUUCGAAGAAAGAUUACUUUAG